ACCCCCCCACCCCCAUCCCAAACCGUCUCCACACUUCUGAGUGGACCGGAGGCUGGAAAGUGACCGGAGGUCGAAGGAAGCACCGAACCGGAGCGUUUUCUAGUCCUUUGGUUCCUCCUGUGGUUCGGUUCGGAGAACCGCUCUGAUCAGGACCAUAGCCUGGUGCAACUGCAUCGGAGAGAAGAAGGCUCGGGAGGAGGUCCAACUGCGGGAGAGGAUGAGCGAAAAGGACACGACGGCGGAGAAGAUAACAGACGCGAUGGCCAACCCAUCUCCGGCUAAGAGCCUGGGGGACCCAGGAAUCACCCCCCUGUCUCCGUCACACGUCCAGCAGAAUGACACAGACCAGAUGCAGACUGGACCGUCCUUCGUGGUUGUGGUUGCCAUCGACUUUGGCACCACCUCCAGCGGUUAUGCUUACGCCUUUACUAAGGAGCCAGAGUGCAUUCACACCAUGAGGCGUUGGGAAGGUGGAGACCCAGGCGUGUCCAAUCAGAAGACUCCAACCACCAUCCUUCUGACUCCAGACAGGAAGUUCCACAGCUUCGGCUACGCAGCUCGGGAUUUCUACCAUGACUUGGACCCUAGUGAGUCCAAACACUGGCUCUACCUGGAGAAGUUCAAAAUGAAGCUUCACACCACUGCGAACCUGUCCAUCGACACGGACAUCCACGCAGCCAAUGGGAAACGAGUUAAAGCUCUGGACAUCUUUGCAUACGCACUGGCAUUCUUCAAAGAACAAGCAUUAAAGGAGCUGAGCGAUCAGACUGGCAGUGAAUUCGACAACAAUGAUGUCAGAUGGGUGAUCACAGUUCCUGCCAUUUGGAAAAUGCCUGCAAAGCAGUUCAUGAGGGAAGCUGCCUAUAAGGCUGGUCUGGUGUCUCGUGAAAACCCAGAACAGCUGAUCAUCGCUUUAGAACCUGAAGCGGCUUCAAUCUACUGUCGGAAACUCCGCCUCCAUCAGAUGGUUGACCUGGGAACGCAGACCACUCAGAACGGCUUCAGUCCCAAUGAGAACGUUGGAGGUGGAAUGAGCCCAGCUAAGGAUCAUGUCCGACGCAACCGACAGAGUCGCACCUUUUUGGUGGAAAAUGUCAUAGGGGAGCUUUGGUCGGAGCUGGAAGAAGGUGAUCGUUAUGUGGUCAUGGACUGUGGAGGAGGAACCGUGGACCUGACUGUCCAUCAGAUUCGUCUUCCUGAGGGACAUCUAAAAGAGCUGUACAAGGCCUCGGGCGGCCCUUACGGGUCCAUCGGGGUGGAUUAUGAGUUUGAGAAGCUGCUGUGUAAGAUAUUCGGCCAGGAUUUUAUUGACCAGUUUAAAUUAAAGAGGCCAGCUGCCUGGGUGGACCUGAUGAUCGCGUUCGAGUCUCGGAAGAGAGCAGCAGCUCCCGACAGAACCAACCCACUCAAUAUCAACCUGCCCUUCUCCUUUAUCGACUACUACAAGAAGUUCCGCGGCCACAGUGUGGAGCACGCUCUACGCAAGAGCAAUGUGGACUUUGUUAAGUGGUCGUCCCAGGGGAUGCUGAGGAUGACUCCGGAUGCCAUGAAUAUGCUUUUCAAGCCUACUGUAGACCACAUCAUUCAGCAUCUCACUGAGCUCUUUGAGAAGCCUGAGGUCAGCAACAUCAAGUUCCUCUUCCUGGUUGGCGGCUUCGCUGAGUCCGCCCUGCUGCAGCAGGCGGUCCAGAACAUGCUUCAGGGCCGCAGCCGCAUCAUCAUCCCCCAUGACGUUGGCCUGACUAUCCUGAAAGGUGCCGUGCUGUUCGGCCUGGACCCCAGUGUCAUUAAGGUUCGCCGCUCCCCGCUGACAUACGGGGUAGGGGUCCUUAACCGCUUCGUGGAGGGGAAGCACCCUCCAGAGAAACUGCUGCUGAAGGACGGGACACGCUGGUGUACCGAUGUCUUCGACACCUUCAUAGCUGCUGACCAGUCGGUGGCGCUAGGCGAGAUGGUCAAGAGGAGCUACACGCCAGCCAAGCCGGCCCAGCAGGUUAUCGUCAUCCACGUCUACUGUUCAGAGAAGGAGAGCGUCGGGUUCAUCAGCGAGCCUGGCGUCAGAAAGUGUGGAACGCUUCGUUUAGACGUGAGCGGAACGGAGAGCACCGCACCGCGCCGCGAGAUCCAGACGCUCAUGCAGUUUGGCGACACGGAGAUCCGAGCCAUGGCUGUGGAUGUGUCCACUGGACGCACGGUCAAAGCUGGCAUUGACUUCUUAAGCCAUUAGGAAGUCAUGUUCAUGUCCUAGAACUCCCAGUAGCAAAUAAGCAGCUUACACACACACACACACACACACACACACACACACACACACACACACACACACACACACACACUGAGCUGAGGAUAAUAACGGUAGGAUGCAGCUUGGAUAUGACCUCCUCUCCUCUUCAUCCGUCUAGUUUCCCG